AGUAACAGUUGAUAGCUGGAGACAGACAGAGGCAUGGCCCUACGCAGUUUUUACCACAGUGCGAGAAGGAACAGAAGCACUGAGAUGAGGGCUUGCAGCUUCAACAUCAUCAUCUUCACAAUGUAUCUAAACUUCAUCCUCUACCCAACCCAUGGGUUUGAGGUGAUUCAGCCACAGAAUCGGACUGUAAACUCAGAUGGGGUAGCUUCUAUCAGCUGUGAACACACCGCAAAUGUCACCUCUGUUGAAGAUGUUCAGCUCAACAGCAUAUCACUAACAGGCAAACCCAGACGAACUCUGCUCUGCCAGAAGGGAAUGAACGACUGUAAGAACAUUAUCAUGCAUGAAGAGAACUCCAACAAGUGCCUUUUCAUCAUACUCAACAUUGGGCCAGAGGCCUUGAACAUGAAAUACGAGUGUGAGUUUACAGUGAAAAAAGAUGAUCUCGAUUACACCGAGACAGGAACACCAACCAUACUGCUGCCAGGUGAAAAGGAAGCAGUCUGUGCACCCCCUCCUCAGUCUCAUCAGCUCAGGUGGAUCCUGACUGGUGUGCUGGCUCUGAUGUUCCUGUAUGGCUGUGUCAUCACCUCCUUCUACAUCAGACUGAGGUUCAACAACAGAGAUCCCAAGAACUCCACCUACGUAGUAAUGAGGAAAGCUCCUCUGCCAAGGAAUCCACCUUUCGACAUUAUUUGUGGUACGCCGGCUGCUCAGCAACAGACAGGAGAGCUCAUCAGAGGGUCAUCAACGAUGAUGGGCUGCCAUCUGUCCUCCCUGGAAGGAAUCUCCAGCUCCUGCAGCCUCUCUGAGUUAAGAACAUUAGAAAGGUCUCUUCUCAUCUCGGACGCCACCUGUCUGAUCUGUGCCCUCUGGCAGGUGCUACUGGAUCAUCAAAGCACGAAAAACCAGACUUCAGAACAGCUUAUUUCCACGGGCCAUACACGUACUUAUAUACUAAUACUCCAACAAGCAGUGAAUGACCCCUCAUGUGCAAUAUGAUGACUGCCGUGCCUGUCUGCCUGUCUAGUGCAUUAAGUACAUUCAUACUAGGGCAAUAACUACAUUUAUUGUAAUAAAUACACAUACUUAGUUAGUGCAGUUAUAGUGUGAAUGAUCAAUUUUUGUGAAGUCCAUACUGUAUAUACAUGUAUAUGAUAUAUAUAUAUAUAUUAUACCAUCUCCAGUAGUGGAUUUUAACUAAAGACAUUUGUCAUGUCAAUUUAUCAUACAACCAUAUUUUUGCUCUAUGUGUGACCUGAAAUGAUCAGUGAACUUUGUGUGUUAUCUACUGUACAUUCUCCUUUAAAAUUAAGUGUUUCAUAUCAGACCUUGGAUGAGGCCUUUAUGAUAUAAAGGCCUUGUGCCUUUAUAUCAUGCUAUCUUGAAUGAAAAUUCCUUCCUCUCGCUUGGUGUUAUGACAAACUGGAAAUAGCAUUCAUACAAGACAGGAUAAAAUACCAGUCUUGAACCUUGUUCAGGCUCAGACCUCCAACAUCAAACUCUGGUGCAUGAGCUCUGUUCUCUCAGCUGAAACUUGGUUAGUUCUGUAAACCUCUUCUUAUUCAUUAUUUAAAUUACACAAAGACAAAUUUGUCCCAUCAUCUUUUAUAGAAGGGCUUCUCUCUCAAUGAGAAUUUCCACCACAACAUUGACUCAAGUGCAGUACCUUUUACUCCACUUCAUUUCAGAGGCAAAUAAUGUACAUUUUAGUCAUCACAAUUUUUCAAACCCUUCCCCUCCAGUGAAAUGCAUGCAUCAUCAAAUAUGGUGAUUCUGAAUUUUAAUGUUUCUGAUAAAUUAAAGGAUUGAGUGUACCUUUAAGGGUUGAGACAAUUCUCCUAUGUCUUGGAUAACCUGUUUUUCUGAGGACCUGAAAAGUUGACAAAUAACAAAAACAUGAAGAACAUAAUGUUAAGUUUAUUAAAUGAUAAACAUGAAAAAAGAAAGAAGAAAUACAAAUAUAUCUCAAAUAUAUGUAUACAUAAUCAUAGAGGUUUCAGGGAAAACAGUCUCAGAAUGAUUCAGAAUCUUAUUAUACUUUUCCUUAAGUAGAGAUUUCACUUCCAAGAGAAAAGGUGAAAACUUUUGCAUAUAGAAUAAUGAAGUUGAUCAUAUAUUCAAGAGCACCAUCAUCUGGAUCAUUAUAGUCACACACAAUAUCUCUGGGGUUAGACAGAGUUAGCAACCUCAAAAACUCUAAAUCUGUCCAGGUGUUUUUGAGAAAUUUCACAGUCAAAAAAUAUGUGAGAGAUUGUUUCUUUACCAAGUUUACAAAAGACACAAGAGAUAUCAAUGUACUAUGUGAACUUCCUUGGUCCAAAUCCAGAAUUUAUGAGAGAAAAGCCUAGUCCCUGUCCAGUUUAUGUUGUCAAGCUUAGACCUCCAGUAAAACUUAUCCAGGAACGCUUUUAUUCUUCCUUUGAAAAGUUUGGUGAAUAUGCUUGUUCAUCAUUAGGCUGUGAUGCAAUGUUGUCACCAUAGCUUACAUGGCUUUUCACAAGUUGAAUUAAUCCAUUUGGGAGAGCUAAAGAACCAACUGUGUACACAACUGUGUACAAAAUCACUCAUAAGACAGAAAAUUACCAAAUUAAUCAAAAACAUUUGAAAUAUAAUUGGUAUAUCUCAUUGGAAUCAUUUAGGGAAGAAUAAGGAUUUGUUUCAAACAUUGAAGUAGCCUGUUUGAUGUGACUUAUCAUGCUCCUUGUAGAAUAAAUAAUUCUGGAAAUGAAAUGACUGUAUGUGAAACUCGUUGCACCUGUCAUAAUUGUGAUCCUGGCAUAAGAACAAAUCCCUUGAAGCCAAAUAUUAGAAAUAGCUUUGUUUUUCCACAGAUCUGCUGCAGUACGAAUUGGACAAAAUUAAAGAAAGAGGAGGAAUGUCACAUAAGUCACGUGGCCCUCAAACUGACAGGAAGUGAUACACAAAUAUGCAAAAGCUGUGUCACAUGUACAAAUGGAUCCAGAAAAGUGUGUGUGUUUAAACAUGACUUUACAUGUAUUAUUGUGUUGAAACAUAUUGUGUUUGUGACGUGAAAUUAUAAUACCUUAU